AUGGACAUGUCGACCCCGCCAUCCUCCACCGGCGCCUCGCCCUCCCCUCGUCGACGACACUCUCCUAACCUCUCCCUCGACCUCUCCGACCUCCCACCUCUCAGUCAACCUGCUCAGCCCAGCAACACGCUCCUCAUCACCAACCUUCAAGCCCCAGAGAUCUUCGCCACCGCCAACCUCGAGAGCAUCUCCCAGGCCAUCAACGACCAUGCUCCAAUCCACACAUUCGCCCCGCUCAAGUCCAUGCGGAGGAUCAUCUGCACCUUCCACAACACCGACGACGCGAUUAAGAUUCGGCAAGUGCUGGACGGAGAGUACGUGCUCGGAGACCGUGUGCGCGUCUACUUUGGCGCCGAGACGAAGAUAGUGGAAGGGGACCAGCACCUGCAAGCACCCAAGAGCGCGAAGCUCUUCUUCAUCUCGCCGCCGCCGAGUCCGCCAAUGGGCUGGGAGAUGCGGGACGAGGAGCCACCAAACACAGAGGUGCACGCGGAGGAUCUGGCACAGGCGUUGAGCAAGCUGAACGCGAGGCCGGCACCUGAUCAGGCGCUAACAGACAAUCUGAACCCUGGAACAGGCUCAUCAAAGUCUAUCACGGGGAGACAGAGGUCGGGGACAGGGACGGUGGUGUAUGACCCGCAGGACCACGGCCACAGCCCCGACCUGCCGGCCAUUGCGGUGGAAGAUACGAGCGCGAGUCCUGAGGCGAUCAGUCCGAUGGAGGGGGUGGAGAAGAAGUUUCAGCAUACGGCUCGUCCGCCUGUCGAGUUGAUGGAGUCGUAG